AUGGCCAAAGGAAAGAAAAAAGAUCAAGCAUCUAAACGGAAGAGGGAGGAAAGCGAAUCCAAGAAAAUUGAGAUCAGCAAACCUAAGAAAGCAUGCACGGGAAAUUUAGGCUCUUUAAAAGAUUCAACGGAAGAAAUAGGUAAUGUGUUACCAACUAGGCAAGCCACCGUAGACCAGCUGAAAGUUGCAAUCAAACAGAAACAAUUCUGCCUCAUAGAGGGUCCUAUCGGAUGCGGUAAGACUUACAUUGCAAAACAUGUUGGAAAUGAUUUGAAACUCCCCGUUAAAGUGAUGCAACUAGGUGAUCAAAUUGACUCGAAGAGUCUUUUCGGAUCUUACCAAAGUACUGAGGUGGCUGGGCAAUUUCGUUAUAAAUGUUCUAAUUUCACUCUGUGGUUGAAAGAGCCUUGCCUGAUACUACUUGAAGAUAUUGAUAUGGCAAAUGCCGAUGUUGUUGCAAAAGUUGUUGAUUUAACUUCAUCCAGAAAAGCUUUGUUACCUUCUGGGGAUGAAGUAUUGUUUGAUGAUAGUGUUCGGAUUGUGGCUACUUCGAGUGCACGCGGUAAAAGAAAUAAUGUUUUGGAAGGAGUACCAGUGAGAGUUUUUCUAAAUUCUUUAACUGAAAAAGAGUUAAGAAGAUUAAUUAUUGAUUCGUACCCUCGCUGUGCUCAUCUAGCUAAGACCCUUGUUUCUGUUUUCCUUGCAGUCCAGGCUGUUCCUGCUCAUGCAAAUUCUAGAUAUUUAACUUCUGUUGAUUUGUUGCGAGCUUGUGCUCGAUUGUCUUCUAAUACUGUUGAUUUAUCUUCAAAUAUGGAGAUUUUUGUUGAAAUUGUUGAUUGUUGGUGUUUAUCUGAUCCCUCUAAGCGAUCCCGAAUAUUAUGUGAAGAGGUAGCUACUUGUUUGAAUAUAACAGGGGAUCAGUUGUCAUUUCAUUUGUUAGCUAGACAACCAUCGUUGUCGCACGAUGACUAUCAGGUCAAGAUAGGAAGAGCUGUAUUACCAAAGGUUCCUUCUCUGAAAGUUGUUCAAAAGCACAGACUCGGACAUACUAGGGAUGUUUUACAACUUAUGGAAAGAAUCAGUGUGUGUGUUAGAUAUUCCGAGCCUGUUCUCUUAGUUGGAGAAACAGGAGUUGGAAAGACCUCCGUUGUUCAAGCUUUGGCAUCUUCUCUUCAUAUUCCUUUAAAAGUUGUAAACGUGAGCCCCACAUCAGAUUCUGACGAGUUGAUUGAAGGUUAUAAACCUACUACUUUGGCGUAUAUCUUAGAACCUUUCACGAAGUUCUACUACGAUGUUUUCACAUCUUCUUACGAUAAAAAUAAGAACGAAAAGUUCUUAUCGAAUCUAGAGAGUUGUCUAUCCAGCGGUAGAUAUAAAGAUUAUUUAAUAGUGGUUGAGAAGACUGCUAACAAAGCUUUGAUGAGUAAAGAGCAAAACGAUCCGAGAUGGGCUGAAGUAGUGGUCCGUGCUCGCAGAAUUCGUCAGGGAUUGGAAAAAAAUGCUGUUCCUUUCACAAUAAUGAGAGGAGCUGUGUUAGAAGCCAUAGAGGAAGGAAACUGGCUGCUCAUUGAUGAGAUCAAUUUGGCUUCUCCUGAAUGCCUUGACGCCAUCGUUCACGCUAUAGCAUCCAAAAGCCAUCCCAACUUCCGUCUUUUUGCGUGUAUGAACCCAGCUACAGAUGCUGGGAAGCGUAGGCUUCCACCUAGUGUUCGAACCAAGUUUAACGAAUUUUAUGUAGAUGAAAUGAAUGAUCCAAUACAAUUAGGAUUGGUGGUUUCUUCUUACUUACCAAGUAUGAAACAUAGCGUAGCUGAAACUCUAGUCAAGUUUUACUUGCAAUCAAAAGAAGCGUAUCCAAAUAGUUACAGUUUGCGAACAUUAUGUAGAGCUCUACUUUUUGCUGCUGACAAUUUGUUCGGCAGUACAGAGCGAUCUUUAUUUGAAGCGGUUUGCAUGGCUUUUCUUACGAACUUGAACACGGGGGAGAAAGAGCAAAUGAAACUCACCAUUAGGAGUACGUUCAAACUGCAAGACAAUGUACCGAUACCAGAACCCCGUAAGGACUCGGAUAGAAGUUACGUAAAUGUAAUGGGUUAUUGGAUUGAACAAGGGACGCUGUUUCCAAAAUCUGAUAAAAACUAUGUAAUAACUAAAACUGUGAAAGAGAAUUUAGCCGAAAUUGGAAGAAUAGUUUGCAGCGGCAGGUUUCCCAUCCUCCUCGAAGGUGAAACAAGUGCUGGAAAAACUUCCAUUGUUUGCCAUCUGGCGAAAAUAACUGGAAACAAUGUUGUUCGAAUUAAUAACCACGAACACACUGAUGUUCAAGAAUAUAUGGGGUCAUAUGUGGCAGAUGAAAACGGAAGACUUGUAUUCAGAGAAGGUGCUCUAGUUAAAGCAGUUCGUGAUGGAAGUUGGGUUAUUCUGGACGAGUUGAACUUGGCUCCUACAGAUGUGAUUGAGGCUUUGAAUAGGCUUCUUGAUGAUAAUAGAGAGCUCUUCAUACCAGAACUGAAUACCACAGUUCAAGCUCAUAGACGUUUUAGACUUUUUGCGACUCAAAAUCCUGCUGGUACUUAUGCUGGUAGAAAGCGCCUUUCACGCGCAUUGUUAUCGCGUUUCGUGGUCAUAAGGUUCAACCACCUUCCUAUGGAUGAGCUUUCGGCUAUGGUGUGCACUAGGUGUGAAGUUCAUCAGUCGGCCGCUACCAAAAUGAUAUCCGUUCUAACAGAAUUGAGAUCCCAAAGAUCUUUAAGUGGAUUGUUCUCAGCUCGUGAUGGUUUAAUGACUCUGCGUGAUGUGUUUAGAUGGGCUAAGCGUUUGUCUACUGAUGAAACAUCCGAUGAUUGGCUUCAAAUUCUAAUUAAUCACGGAUAUUUCUUGCUGGCUGGUCGAUGCAGGAAUAAGAAAGAUGAACAAACUGUUGUAGAAACGUUGGAGAAAGUGUUGAAAAGAACCAUUGAUACAUCUGCCCUUUUUGACAAGGCUUCACCGUAUUUUCCCAGCCAUUUGCAAUACGAUCGUAUUGUUCUAACUGUAGGAAUGCGCCGGAUGCUUGUUAUGACUUACCAGGCUUGGCUUCGUGACGAAGCAGUACUCAUGGUUGGUGAAACUGGAGGUGGUAAAACAAGUCUGGCUCAAACUCUUUCUGGGGAAAAACUUCUCUCAAUAAACUGUCAUGAGCGAACUGAAACUGCUGAUUUCCUUGGGCGGUUACGUCCUAAAGAAGGCGGAGGAUUCGAAUGGUCAGAUGGUGUUGUGAUUCUAGCAAUGCGCUCAGGAUAUCCUUUAUUAAUUGAUGAGAUAUCGUUAGCGGAAGAUUCUGUGCUUGAACGUCUGAAUCCUUUAUUCGAGGAAGAACGCACACUUCUUCUAUCCGAUGCUGGAGUUGAUGUUCAAAGUGUGGUUUCAGCAUCAGGUUUCCAAAUGAUAGCUACAAUGAACCCCGGUGGAGAUUAUGGAAAGAAAGAGUUAUCCAAAGCUUUACGUAAUCGGUUCACCGAGGUCUGGUCGUCGAAUGAUUAUGAAAAGGAUGAGCUCAUUGCAAUUUUCGACAUGAGAAUUCCAAGUUCUUUGAAUAUCACGAAACCUUCUUCUGCAUCCAGGACUAUCGUUUUAUGGAUAGCGGAGUUUUUCUCAAAAUACGUUCAUGUCUUCAGACAUUCUGCUUCAGUUCGCGAUGUUGUAGCGUGCGCGGAUAUAUUUGCCUCUUGUGUAGAGAAAUCUGUUUCACAGCUCUUUGCCAUUCACGAAGCUUUAUCUGCUGUAUUCCUCGAUGCGAUUGCUAGUCAACCGACUCGAAUGGUUGUAGAUGUUUCUGCCAUUUUGGAUGAUGCAGAGCGAAUACUUCUCCGCAUAGUCAAACAAGAUUCUAUUUGCAAAACAUCUAUCGUUCGCUCUAUCGUUCGUGGACCUUCGGAUGUUCAGAUUGGACCUCUAAGCAUCCCACAUGGUUGUUUACCUGUCAAACUACCUAAGCAUUUCUCAUUGAAUGCUCCAACCUGUAUCUCAAACUUCUACAGAAUUGCAAGAGCUCUACUUAUCGACAAGCCCAUACUGUUAGAAGGGUCACCAGGUUGUGGUAAAUCAAGUACCGUCAUGGCUUUAGCUGAACUUACUGGUCAUCCUAUCACUAGAUUGAAUUUAUCCGAUCAAACUGACCUUACGGAUCUUUUCGGAAGUGAUAUCCCGAUAGUAACAGAUGAUGGAACCAUUUCUUUCAAAUGGGAAGAUGGUCCAGUUCUGCGCGCCAUUAAGAAAGGCGAAUGGAUUCUACUUGAUGAGAUGAACUUAGCCUCUCAAUCCGUUCUUGAAGGACUCAAUGCUUGCUUCGAUCACAGAAAAGUUCUGUUUAUUGCGGAGCUGAACAAAUCUUUUGAAAUACCUACAGGUAAUGGCUGCCGCUUCUUCGCAUGUCAAAACCCGAGAGCUCAAGGUGGAAAUAGAAGAGCUUUACCAAAAUCUUUUGUCAAUAGAUUCACAAAUAUUUGGGUGGAUGAUUUAACCGUUGAAGAUAUUGUUUUCAUUCUGAAGGAAAUCGAUGUUGAUAACGUCUUAACCGACCAACAAAUUCACUCCAUGGUGGAAAUUAACAAGAGACUCUCCGAUGAUACAACUCUUGUGGGUGGUCCAUAUUCUUUCAAUCUGAGAGAUCUGCUACGUUGGCUGGAUUAUUAUUCCUCGAAGAAAAGUAUGGCAGCUGCGUAUGACCUUCUGUAUGUUUCCCGAAUGAGACUCGAUAUCGAUAGACAAAAACUUCGUGAACUGUAUGAAGAAGUCUUCCAGAUUCCUUACAGUAUACUGCCUAUUGCAGCCACAGUUGGCUCUGAUUUAAUUAAGAUCGGGGAAGCCUGUUUGCCUCGAAUAUCAGUGAAGUCUUCAUCGAGUUUUCUUUUAUCUAGUCAGCUUACUCUGUUGUCUCAAGUAGCAAACUGUGUUGAACAUAACUGGCUAACACUCCUUGUUGGUCCAAAAAACUCUGGUAAAAGAUCAACUGUACAAACUUUGGCAGAUCUCUGUGGAGUUGGUUUAGUAACUCUCACCCUGAAUUCUGAAACUGAUGCUCAAGAGCUCAUAGGAUCGUACGAACAAGUUAUUGAUACGGAAGCGUUGUCCUCUGGUAAAAAAAAAAUUGUUGAGAAUCUUCAAACGAUUUUGAGUGGGGAGAAACUGGAAGCUAUUGUUAACGCUGAAGAUUUAUUGUCGUUGGAGAUUGCUGUUGAAAGCGUUAUCAAGCUUAUUGAUGGUCAUGCAGGGUUGAUUCAGGAGUGUCGAGAAUUUUUGGAAAUAGCUUCUCGCUCUGAUAUGAGAUUUGCCUGGAUCGAUAGUGUUUUUGUUAAGGCUUUCCUCGAAGGACAUUGGAUUUUGAUAGAAGAUGUGAAUUUGUGCAGUGCUGCCGUACUUGAUCGACUCAAUAGUUGCUUGGAAACUGGUGGUAAACUUGUCAUAUCAGAAAGACAAUCAUCCUAUGAAGCGCUGGAAGCUCAUCAAAACUUCAGAGUUUUUCUAUCUAUGGAUCACAAAAACGGCGACAUUUCCAGAGCCAUGAGAAAUAGAAGUGUAGAGAUAUUCAUGCAGCCAGAACAGAUGUGGAAUACAUCUGCAAAUGAUAUCAUUUCAUUAUGUCCUGAAACACCUCUGCUCCCAUUCCGUUUAGAUACUUUGCCUUUUUCGCAAGCUUUCCCACAAGAGUUUGCUACCACGUUGUGCAGUGCAUCUCCGGAAAAUCUAUUGCAUUUCUUCAUCUUGUUAUCUGAAUUCAGCUUCGAAACAGCAGCCCAAUCUUUGGGACUCCAAUUGGACGACAGUUACUCUUUAGCUUCAUAUUUUAAAUCGAUUCCUGUAUCUGACUUGACUUCUGAGAGAGCGAGCAACUGGUUUUUAACAUCAUGGUUGAACAGAAAAGGAACUGUUCCUGAUAAAUUUCUGCACUGCUUCCUUAGUUGUUCUCCGUCGGUGAUCUUCUGUGAAACAGUUGAAAAGUCUUUCGGCGAACGAGUUGUGCCGUUCAUCAAAAAUAUCAGAGAAAUGUUGAAGGAUUCGUCGAAUGUCCCUCACGCCAUUGAUCCCAGAUAUCAUUGUUACGAAACAGUAGUUGAAGAAGAUGAAAACUUGAAAAGAUAUAUUACUUCGGUUAUCCUCGAAUGGUGUCAAUACUGUUUGUCAGAAAUACCUAUGUCUCCACAAUCUGCAGAACAUAAUUCAAGAACUAUGUCUAAGUAUGAAAUGAAAACAAUGUUUGCCUCUUUCCAAAGUUUGCCUUUAGUAGCAAGCUUGAUUGAUCAGCUUCUCAAAACUUUGAAAGAAAGAACUGUUGGAGGAGAAAUCAACAACAUAUUUCUCUUCUGUAUUUCAUUAUCACUUUUUGUCGGAUCUGUUAGGGCUACCAUAAUGUCCAGGUCUGGCAUCGCUCCCAUAUACAUAGCCUGGAAUGACUUUUGUUCUCAUUUGCACCAAACCAGUGUGGGUGGAAUUCAUAAGUUUGUUGAAUUAUUUGAGAAGGGUUGGUCUUCUGAAGAACAUAAUCGUUUUCUCAAAUCUUUCCUCAUUCUUUACAACAACUACAGGUUUUCCGAUCCGUUCCCUGAUCAAGACAUUCACGACAGGUUCCUAACUUGUGUGGAAAGCUUGCGGUUUGUAAACGAAGAAGAAAUAAUGGAGAAUCAAGACGAGGAUAAUGUUCCUAAAAAAGAGUCUCGGCUUUCAAUAAUUUCAUCAGAAGUGAACAGAAUGCAUUCCCUUCUAAAGUUUUUAUGUUCCCAUAAGUAUGAUGAGAAGGAGUUCCUUUUCGCUUCACAGAAAAUAUUUGACAACGUCAUUUGGCACUCUCCAGAAGCUGAGCAGAGUGUUAGAUAUACAGAUCUUAUAAUAUCUGAUUUUUCAGAAGAACAGAGAGUUUUGGAAAUAUCUCGUGUAGGAUGCUUCGCCAUGCUUUAUACAAGAUUAUGGCAGAUCCUUGGUUUUGAUGUCAACCUUCAAGGGCUGACAGUGGAAGAUCUUCAAAAAUUCUCUAUUCCUAAAAUGAUCAACGAGUUGUGGAAACUGGGACCAAGCUCUCACGUGAUAUCUGAAAAAAUAGAAAAAGAGAUCGUAAGAGUAGUUCAGUCAGAAUCGGGUUGGUAUUCAAAUGGAGAACGAACUUCGUUUUCAUGGAGGACAGCUGUAGAUUCGGCUAAGGCAUUAUUGAAUAUGUCUCUUCCUCCAUCCUCUUCUCUCGAUCCUGUAGUUUUCAAAGAGGAAAAUCACAGCUAUUUAACUAGGAAGCUGGCAAUAGUGGAGCAACAGAUUCAGCUUGUUAUGGAGCAGUUGGAGUCUUCGUCGAGACAAAAAAUAAGCACUUUACCAAUACACCAUCCUGUUCUUCAAGCACUGAACGAAGAAAAGUUCAGACUGCUGGAAGAACUUAAGCAAGAAACUGAAUGCGAUGCAGCUUAUCGACCAGAAGCGGAACAGUAUUUCGAGCUCUGCUCUCAUUUACGAGCUUUCCUAUCUGUGUGCAAUGUAAUUCUGCAAGAGGUUGAAAGAGUGAUAGCGCUAGAAGAACUUGGCAGUAUAGAUGAUAAAAAAGCAAAUUUGACAACUUCAACUUUCAUUUCAUUUGUAAUGAGUGCUGACAACUUCAAAAAAGUUACCUGGCAAAAGUACAGUGCUUAUCCUGAUGUGUUUGUUUCCUUCGUUCAAGGAGUUAAUUUGCUAUUGCUUACUAUUCAUGAUAUUCUGUCUAUUAUGAGUUCAGUCAUGAGGCGUAAAGAGUUAGUGAGCACAACAGCUUUUCCUCCAAUGUUCAAGAUGAACCGUACAAACUAUGGAUUGGAAAGUUCUGAGUUGCAAGCUUGGGCAAUCCGAGACUCAUCACCUAUGCCCAUAGCUUUAAAAUCUGCCAUAGCUAAGAAAAAACUUGAAAACAAAGAUGAAUCAGAAGUAACAUUGCUGUGGGUCAAAAAGCAGUGGCAGAAAUGGUAUGAAAAGAACAUCGCCAAAGCUGCUGAAAAAGAUUUUAUGUACCGCAACAAAUCAGAAGAAGAGAAAGAUUUGUUGGAUGUUGAAGAAUUCUUUGCAUACAUGGAAAACGAUAAGGAGAUCAUUGCACAUAACGAUCUUUUGUUGCUUGCUGGACUAGGAUUAGAAACAUUGAAUGAUAAAUCUAUAUUGGAAUCUGCUGAGAUCAAUUAUAAGCUUGCGUUAACAUGGUUACAGCAAGUUGUUAUGGAUAUUGGUGCUUACAAAAAGAACGUUCAUAAUGCUUCAGCUGUAUCUGAUCUUUUGACAUUGAAAUGGAUCCUCACCUUAGAGUCUACCAAAGAACAAGAUGACGUUGACGUCUACCGCAGUGUGUCGUUGAAAGAGGUUAGACGCGCAACUGAAAUUUUGAAAGGGUUGGAAGUCCGUACAACAGAAGUCAGAGAUAGGUGGCCAGAGGUAAUACCACUCAAAGAAAUAGUUGAAAGAAUUACCAACUUCUCGUCGGUUUCACUAGCCACAUCGCAGACUAAAAUGGCACAAAUGGUUGAAACAAUCAUAGAGAUCUCUGAGGAAUGGCAAAAGAUUGCUGACAGAGAAAACUCUUUGGAAUGUGCACUUUCACCAGUUAGAGAACUUCUAGUGGAUUGGAAAAAAAUGGAGGUGAGACAUUGGUCGCAGUUAUUAACUAGAUUCGAGGACGAAGCUCGCUUGAAAACUUUCCUAUCCUCCUAUCCACUCUUCGAUGCUUUGUUCCAAGCUGAUACACCGGAAGCCCUUCAUAAUCUUAUACCCAUGGCAGUUGAAUGGAUUCAAAAUUCAACAAUCCUAGACUUCGAGACUAGGGUAAAAAAUGUGAGAGUUCUUAGCAAGUGGGCAGAACUUCUUGGACAUAGCAAUGUCAACUUCAAACUGAAUUCAAUUUCAUCUCAUUUUUCGCAAUAUCUUCCCAGAAUCAACGAACAAUUACUGAAUAUCAGGAAUCCAGCUGAUCAGUCCUUACAAGAUUAUGUCAAAAUCGUGAAAUACAAUGAUUUGAACUUAUGGAGUAUUAAAGUUUCCUCUAAGAAAGCACAAGCUCAGCUGUACAAAAUUAUCAGACGUUUUAAGGAAGCACUCAAUAUACAAGCAUCGGUUCAUUUUGACAAAUUGGUAGAAUUGAAAGAGAACUCCUCUGAUUCUGAUGAGAUUAUAUUCGACGAAGUUUCCACUAACGAUAAGCUUGUACUCAGAGCAAACAGUCUGGCCAAGACCAUAUCGGAUAACGCAACAAUGCUAUGUAAUAUUGACAAGUUUGUCGAAUUCACAGCCAGUGUAACGUCUUGCGAUGAAAACUUAAGAGUAAUGAUCAACUAUGAUCAGUAUGAAGAUGACAAGCAGAAGGAGAAAGCUCAGGGCUAUGCCAGAAAUGGGCGACAGAGAGAAGUUGCUCUUCUUAUAAAAGAUGCUCAGUCGCUCGGAUUUACUGCUAGAAAAGCUGUCAGUUUGAACACUGAAGCAAUAACACAAACUUCUGUGUCAGGUCUCCUCGUUGAUGGUGAUUUGGAAAGCUCUGUUCGAGCAUGUGCCGCUGGUAGAAGUGUGUGCAUAAGAUUAGGACUGAAGCCUAGCGAUCAAAUCAGUGUAUCGACUAGAAAUCAUGUGCUCGGAAUGAUUGAGUAUGGUAUGAGCUGGAUGACCCAGCUUUACAACACGUUAGGCUCAUGGUCCCAAUCCUUGUCAACUCUCAAAUUGAAUUUGAGCGGGUUAGAACAAAGUUGCAACAACUCAAAGAAUGACUGGAUAAUCGAUCAUGAACUUACGAACAACUGUUGCUCAAAGCUGGUAAAUCUUAUUAAUGAAGUAGAAACUAUCGUGCAAGGAUGGAAACAUUGGAUGGAGCUAACCCCCGAGUCGGAGAACGAAGAAAUUGAAGACUAUUAUCCCGAUCUUGCUAGAUUGAGAAAAAGUCAAGAUGUCUUUGGAAGCUUGCAAAGCCAUGUGCUCAAUACUGUAGGUAUUGUUGAAGGGUUGAAAGGACUAGCAAAGACAAUGGUUGCUGAACGAGGCAAUGCUAUUUUCUCAGAGAAAAUUCAUGUUCCUUUACUUCAAUCUUUCACUCUCGUCCAGAAGGAACUGGAAUCUUCAUUGGAUCCUUUGCUGAAGUACUUCGGAGAUGAGGUCUCCGUUGUCAGAAAUAAAAUAUCAGAAAUGAGUUCCAAUAUCAAGGUUAUUCCCGUUGAAAUGUCUACCUAUUCAUCAUCAUUCGAUCCUGCUCUGUUAUUUAUCCAGAACCUCUACAAAAAAGUAGUGGAUAUUCAAAACGCUAAGGACAUGAAGGAGAUGGAAAAGUUUGAUUUGGCUUACAAAGCUAUAUCUAGCGGCAACUUGGAACAAGUUUUGGCGUGGAUUGAUAAAGUUGUGAGCGAACUGAUCAGUGGAUCUUAUCCAGACCAGCUUGACAACAUGAUCCUCAUCAUAAGAAUUGCUAUCAAACUUAUGGAGAGCUUCAAUAUUGUAUUGCAUAACGUUCUUGAUCACUUUUCAAGAGGAUAUUAUGCUUUACUCUCGAUGGCAAUGCAGCUGCUCGAAAAAGGUUACAUCAACACUAUUCCGAAAGAAGGCAAACAAGAGUCAGGCAACGGAGAAACUGAUGAAGCUGGAGAGGGCGGUGGAAUGGGUGAAGGAAAAUCUUCCAACGAUGCGAAGGACGUUACGGAAGAAAUGGAAGAGAGUGGUCAGAUUGAAGGUCUGCAAGAUGAAGAACAGGAGCCACCUAGUGGAGAAAAGGGAAGUAAUGAAACUCCUAUCGAAAUGGAAGAGGAUUUCGCUGAAGAUCUACAAGACAUUGAUAAGAAUGAGAAGGGUAACGAGAAUGAAGAAGAUGACGAUAAAGAAGAUGAAGAACCUGAAGCCGAAGAUCAACUAGGAGAAGUUGAAGAACCCGAGGAAAAUAAAUUAGAUCCGAAGUUGUGGGAUGAUGAAGAAAAGGAGCAAGAACAAAAUAAAGAUAUGGACCAAGAUGAUGCAGGCGCUGAUGAUAAGAACAAUCAGCUUGCUGCAAAAGAAGAUGAUCCAAUGGCUGCUAAUGAAAAAGAGCAACCAGAAGCAAAAGAUGAUCAGAAUGAAGAAGCUAAUGAAGAAGAGCCCGUUGAUGACCAAGAGAAUGUUGAUGAGAGGGAACGAGAGAACCAAGGAGAAGAUCCUGAAGAUCUAGAACAAGACCGUGGUGGAGAUGAUGUUCAAGAAGAAAUGAACAUGGAUAAAAUUGAUGAAGAGGAGGAUGGUGCUGACGAAGAAACUGAAACUCAUGAGCAACUUGAUGACGACGACAAGGAAAACGAAGAAGACCAAACAGAAGAUAAGGAGGAUGUUCCGCAAGCAACAGAAGAAGAGGAAGAAGCGGAGCGUAAAGACCAUAUUGAAGCUUUCCAACAAGGAGAUGGUGGUGAUAAGCAAGAUGAUAAUGAAGAAUUAGAUGGAAAAGGUGCUGAUGAUGAAGAGGAUAAAGAGAAAGACGAAGAAGAUGAUGGAGAGGGCAAAAGCUGCGACAACAAAAAAGGGAAAGAUGGAGCUGGAGUUGAAAAGAUUGAAGAGGAAAAGGAUACUAAAGAAGAAGAUGAGGAUCAAAAUGAAGGCAACGUUGAAAAAGAGAAGAAACUGGCAACUGAUGACGACAUGGAAACAACCGAAGGUCCUGAAGGAGAGGGUGAAGAGCACGAUUUAGGAAAGCAAGUUGAAGGAACUCCUUCUGGAACAAAAGAAUCACUUGGUGCAGGCUCCCUUGACGAAGCAAAAGAAUCGAAAAAAGAUGAAACGUCGGAGGAGAUGGAUGUUUGUAAUGAUAAUGCUAUUGAGGAAAGCGAGUCAUCAAUUCAUCUCGCAGCAACCGAUCUAUACCAACUGGCUGAAGGGCUGACGAAAGAUUUGAUAUUAGAGGAUAGAGAGAACGAUACCAAAUCUGAGGAACCUGAAAAGGACGCAGAGAAUCGGUCUGUGAGCUUACUAUCAGCUGAGCUAGCUGAAAAUCUACGAUUGAUUCUGGAACCACAACGAGCUAAUAAGAUGCAAGGUGACUAUCGAACUGGAAAGCGUUUGAAUAUGAGACGUUUGAUUCCAUAUAUUGCAUCCGACUAUCGGAAAGAUCGCAUAUGGAUGAGAAGGACUAAACGCGCCCAGCGUGAAUAUCAAAUACUCAUAGCAGUUGAUGAUUCUGCUAGUAUGAAUGAAAAUGGAAUUCAUCAAGUUACUUGUGAGUCUGUAUGUGCCAUCGAUGAUGCGUUGAGAAGAUGUGACGCUGGUGCUGUUUCGGUUAUAUCAUUUGGAUCUCAGAUAAAAGCUAUAUGUUCAUUCGGUGAUUCCAUGAUUUCUGGUCCUGAUUUCAUUCAAAAGUUAACAUUCGAUCAGUCGUCGACGGAUUUGAUAGGACUUCUAGAUUAUUCGAAGCAGAAAUUGGCGGAUGUUCGAACCCCUAAUAGUGAGCAGUUGUUGAUUAUUGUUUCCGAUGGUAGAGGCGCUUUGUCCCAAGGAGCAGAGAAGAUCAAACGAUUAGUUUCUUCUUUACAAGGAGUUACGGUUUUGUUUGUUAUCUUGGAUUCUGGUACUAAAUCCAUCACGGAGCUAUCAGUAGCUUCUUUCCAAGCCGGAUCUGUUAUACUCACUCCUUACUUGCAACUGUUCCCCUUCCCCUUUUAUGUAAUAAUUAAAUCAAUACAGCAGUUGCCCUCAGUACUCUCAGAGUCAAUAAGACAGUGGUGCAUGGAUAUCAAUAAAACAACAGGACAUAGCUAUGACGUUGUGACAUCACCAAAUAGGAAGAUAGGGCACGGGUUUUCUUCCUUAUCAAAUAUUCCUGAUGGGUUCGGAUCUCCUAAUACCGCAGCUCAAACUCCUUUAGGAGUGAUAACUAAAACAGAUUCGCGAAUUGCUAAAACCAAUCAUGUCGUGAGUGGAGAAAAGUACCUCUGUAUAAAUUGUAGGAGUGGAGAUAAUUGUAUCUGUAAAGAAUGUGUUCGAAAUAAACUAAAGUUCUAUUCGCGUAAGGAAAGUAUAUCUCGUCAAAAGAAGUUGAAACAAUCGCUGGAUUCGAAAAUAACGGUUCAACUUCAAACUUAUCAUGACAUUUUGGGUGAAACUAAUCAAGUAAAAGCAAGGAUACAAAAGCUUCAUGAAGAUAUUCAAUAUGCUAAGGAAAGGAAAAAGAAAAAUGAAUUGCUAAUCAAAUCAACAACCGAACAGAAUGUGCAGUCAAUACAGCUAUCAAAACAGCUUGAGGCCAAGUUUGGUGAACAUGACAAGAAAUAUGAAGCCGAUCAGGAAAAGCUAAAAAAGAAAAGAAAUGAUCUAAACGGCAAAUUAAAAAAAAUAUGGCAGCUGCAAGCCAAGAAAUCUAUGGCUGUUUUAACACAAUUCCCAAUUCAGAAACUCCUUGCAGAAGUUCAUCCGCUAGUUCAGACAUCGUCUAAUAUGCACAAAUGGACGCUUGUAAGUGGGGUACCAAUUGAUAGCGGGAUGUUCUAUGCGAUUGGGCAUGCAAAGCUGAACGAAGCAGCUCGAGAAAGACUUGCCUGUUAUCCGUCCGUCCUUAAUAUCCCUUCUGAACUCCGUCCAACAUUCGCUGCCAUUCUGCACAUUGUUCAAAUCUUGAGCAUGUUGACAAUGCUGUUCGAGUUCAGUUUGCCCAAUUCGAUAUCUUAUCGAGAAAUUGCUACAAGAGACAUAACGUCAAGAGAGAGCUUUCAUAAUGACUGGAAUACUAUUUGUGAAUUGAGCAUGUGUUUGGGCCUUCAUUUGGGCUUACCUCAUGAACAAGUGAACUUCAAUGAUCCUGUUUCAAACCUUCUAGAGAUAGCAAAAUUGCUGUACACAUUUAAAGAACGGAGACCGUCGAAUGUUGAAAAUAAAAAUCGCCAUUACCAAAUUCGAACUACAUCGUCUAGGUUGCAUCUAAGAGAGCAGGAAAUGAAAGAUUGGGAUGUUUUGGAUAUCUCUGAAGUUGACGAUGCGAAUUAA